AUGGGGCUUUCUACUUCACACAAGAAACGCAAGGUGCUUGAGGGGAUGCAGGGCAAGAUUGCUCGGCCGCAGAAGAAGAUGCGGAAGCAGCGCGAGUACCACAGCAGUUCUGAGGACGAGGCAGAGGAAGACUUCAAAGCCGUGGAUCUGGCGGAUUCGGAGGAAGAAGAGGAGACUACGAGACCUAGGAAACGUCCUACGGAGAAGGUGGCGGCGCAGAAGAAGACCAAGUCGCUGGGUGCGAACAAGAGAUCCAAUGCAGAAAACCCCCAACCUAGCUCUGGCGAGAGCGACGACGACAACGAUGACGAAGCCGACGGCGACGAGGAUGCCAGUGAUGACGAUGAUGUAUCGAUGGAGUCAGACGAUGGCAGCGAUGAAGACGGAGAUGGUGCGAAAAGCGAUCGGCGGAAGGUAUCGAAACGCAACGACCCGACAGCAUUCUCGACGUCUAUCUCGAAGAUUCUUUCGACCAAGCUUCCCAACUCGGCUCGAGCGGACCCCGUCCUAUCCCGCAGUCAAACCGCCGCGCAGACACAUACGGACUUCGCCGACGAGAAACUCGAGACACUGGCGCGCGCAAAGUUGCGCGCUGAGAAGAAGGAAGAUCUGGAUCGGGGUCGUGUGCGCGACGUGAUGGGUAUUGAAAGUGGACAGGCGGGUGAGGUCGCCGAAGAGGAGAAACGGCUGCGCAAGAUUGCGCAGCGCGGUGUGGUGAAGCUGUUCAAUGCCGUGCGGGCGGCGCAGGUGCGCGGCGAGCAGGCCGCCAGGGAGGAACGCAAGAAGGGGACGGUCGGCAUGGGUGAGCGUGAGAAGGCCGUCAAUGAGGUCAGCAAACAGGGUUUCCUCGAGCUGAUCAGUGGGAAGAAGGGAAAGCCGUUGCAGAUUGAGGAGGCUUAA